AUGUCCGGAGCUGUCAUGGAGACCCUCAGUGAGCUGCAGGCCUCCAUGGCGACAAAGGCCAACCUGCUCCGCAGUAGAGACAUCGUUUUGGAGCGGCAACAGACGCUCCGUGAAGACGUGGCCAACCUCACUGUCGACAUUUUGCAGAGCCUGACUACGCUUCGGGAGAGUGCUGCGACCAUGCACAGCUUGGCACAGAACAACACAGGCCGUAGCGGAGACAACCGUCAGACUUUGGACCAUUUACGCGCCUGUGUGGUGACCAAGGACGACCUGAUCAAGUAUGUGGGCGAGAUUUUCGAGAAGCAGCGAACAAUCUACGGCAAGCGGGACGCAGACACGACACGCUUCAGAGCCGACGUCUCACAGAGCCUUGCCAUGCUGAAGGACAGUGUGGUCACCAUGCACAGCUUGGCGCAGAACAAUGCAUACAGCAGCGAGGCCACGCUUCAGACCCUGCAAAAGCUAGAGGGUUGCAUGAAGGGCAAAGAAGUCAUCCCGGAAGCCUUGCAGAUGAUUCACGACAGUGUGCUCGCCAUGCAAGGCCUGACGCGGACCAACGCAAACGCCAACGAGGCUGACCCCAAGAUGUACCCUGGCCCCGCCCAAGAGAAACAGACAAUGGUGAUACUGCUUACCGGAAACCCAAGCAGCGCAAUCAACGCCUUCAUGUCUACUCAGGCCCAGGUCCCCGCCUCAGGGUACCAAGGCUACCAGGGACACCAGGCCCCAUAUACGGCCUCUCCACUACAAUCUCACGCGGGACAAGGCAGCCGGGGUCUCAGCAAGCAAUGCCUUCCCCAGGGGUCGUCGCUAAUGAACCCGUACAUGCCACAGCAGGUGCAACCGGUGUUCUCGUCGCAACAGAUACAGCAGCGUGUGGUGUGUCAGCAGCAACAGCAGCAACAGCAACUACAGCAACUACAGCAGCAACAGCAGCAACAGCAGCAGCUUGUGGCAAAAAGCUCAGUGAUUUGUCAUCCGGCUGCGAGUCAAUUAUCUCAAGGAUACUCGGCUCCCCAUAACACGGCAUCUCCCGGAGAGGAUCCGGCGUUGAAUUCCACCAAGACUCCUAGCGAGAAUGGUGACUACAGGUUAGUUUGA